CGUGGGGAGGAGCUGAGUGUCGGAGAGAGAGAGAGAGAGAGAGAGAGAGAGGAGCUGGUGCUCAGUGUUAAUGAAGCCGCAGCUCGACUCAUGGAUCACAGGCGACUCUCAAAGUGAAGAAACCCUCCAUUUACUGCGCCGCUCUCAGUUAUCACCGCUGAAGAGCUGAAGAAAAGUUCCUCAGGACCGAGAGCAGCAGCAGAGGCAGCGGCAGCAGCGACGCCCCGGGGCCGAUAUUAAGGACUCACUAUGUCUGAUGGGGACUAUGAUUACCUCAUCAAAUUCCUAGCCCUCGGUGAUUCCGGCGUGGGAAAAACGAGCUUCCUCUACCAAUACACAGAUGGCAAGUUUAACUCCAAGUUCAUCACCACAGUCGGGAUAGACUUCAGAGAAAAAAGAGUGGUCUACAAAUCCUCAGGUCCAGAUGGAUCCUCAGGUCGAGGGCAGAAGAUCCACAUGCAGCUGUGGGACACUGCAGGACAGGAGAGGUUUCGGAGUUUGACGACUGCGUUCUUCAGAGAUGCGAUGGGUUUCCUCCUCCUGUUUGACCUCACAAAUGAGCAAAGUUUCCUCAACGUCAGAAACUGGAUGAGUCAGUUACAGAUUCACGCGUACUGCGAAAAUCCAGACAUUGUUCUGUGCGGCAACAAAUGUGACCUGACGGAUCAGAGAGCAGUGAGAGAAGACGAGGCACGAGAGCUGGCAGAGAAGUACGGAAUCCCAUACUUUGAGACGAGUGCUGCUGAAGGGGAGAAUGUGAACCAGGCCGUGGACGUCCUGCUCGAUCUCAUCAUGAAGAGGAUGGAACGAUGUGUCGACAAGUCUUGGAUCCCCGACGGGACCGUCCGAGCUAACGGACCCAUCGACUCAGACAUCUCCGAGAGCUCGGAGCAGAGCAAAUGUGCAUGUUAGAAUUAUGUGGAGUCAUUUGAGUUACAUAUGUGUGUGUCCAUGAUACUGGCGAAAAAAAUAGAAAGACAACCACGUUCAAUGUUUCACAAAGUGAGAGGAUUAUUUCUGUGUUAGGUCAAACUUAACAGUCAUUUGUGCCCAUUGCUCCAUAAACUGUGCAUACUUUUAUUGA